GCGAAGUAUAGAUCGCUUGUCGCGGUCCGGGAAAGCGGUCCAGGAAUCUCUAUCUUUGAGAUUGAUAAAGAGACUUCAUGUUGGCCAUGGGUUCGAUUUAAUCUUAUAUAUAAAUAUGUAAAGAUGAUUCAGAACAGAUGAUCAUGAUAUUAAUCUAAUAGCAGAGAGGAUAUUCAUAUUCAAGAUAACUGUAAAUCCUAGUUGCCGUUGCCCUCGUAGUGAAUACUUUUUUCCCGCGCCACAUGCUUCGCAUACGCACGCUCGACAUAAAAUGUACAACGAGUCAGCACUCGUUUGUUGAAGCCCCUACUUUACUAUAUAUCGGUAUCCUGCCCUAGGAUCGUGGUUAAGUUUUGAGACCAGUUGGUAGAAUCUGGCCACCUCGGGUGGUAUUUUUUUCUGCUCUGAGACUAGAAAGUCUUUGAACAUCUGCCCUCCAACACUGGAUUGAACCAUGAGCAAUAUUUUGUGUGCGCAGUCGCAUUUUUUGCAUUGCUUAUUCAUAUUUACGUAGUAAAAGAUGUGUCACCUCUACUAGCAAAUAGAUACAUGAUAAUUAUAUUGGAGAAAAUUCAACUAAGGACUGCAAAAAUCCGGACAAAGUUCAAUCCUCUCGGGCAUGAUACGAAUCCGCAGAACACUCGCCGCCUACUGCGCUCCCUUCUGGAAAACCCUCACCCAAUUGCGAGCCAAGAACCUCGGGCGCCCUCCAAAUCCCCGCGCCCCUCCAGAAUCCCCCAGCAUACAUUUGCAGGCUGGUGCGGUGGACUCUGGAGGGGCGCGGGGAAUCACAUAAAACGAAACCAAAAGACAGAAAAACCAAGAGAGAGCAAGUUGCAAAAGUCGCUAAGCGAAGCACUUCCAGGACGAGGAGGCGACAAUAGUGACCGUUUUUGUGCAGUUCUUAGUUGACUUAGCGCCAUUCUAAUCAGCCACCUGCAGAAGCACGAGAGGCGCAGCGAGCACGCUACACCAUCGAAACUUAACAAAAAGAGGAGGCGGGACGCCCUUUGGCUCGUCUGUUGCGCUGCGGGCUGCUCCCCUGGGCAGUGCUCUCCCAACACAUGCGAAAGCACUCAAGGCGAAGCACCAAGCGGGUGCAUUUUGUUCACUUAAUCAAUUGACUCACUCACCCGAGUGGGCUGGUUCUUCAGAUGCAACAACUACCAAAGCGCGCGCGGGCAAGGUAGUCAAGCUACAAACUUCGAAGCAACACAGGGGCACGCGCUUGCUUCUGUUCGGGUUGUUGUGUCAAAUAGGUGACCUCGGUUGCAUGUUGACUAGCUAUUUCAUCUAUUACUUUAGAACUGGCUCGCCCAGUCGUUGGGGUUCUCUAGUAGGUUACUACUGGAGGAGUCUGCCGCGCUCUUAUUAGCAUGAUACAAGUUCUCGAGGUCGAAAAAGUCAUCAUCUAGAUGCAGAUCCUCCUCCUCAGUAUAUGAAUCAACAACAUCGUCUUCAGACAAGAGGCGCUCGCGCUUCUUGUUGUUGUUGUUGUUGUUGUCCUCCCCGCCCUCAGGGGUAACCCCAGCGACCAUACUUUUUACGAAAUUAUGUGCGCACAAGGGGCACAGGGACUCCGACGCCCUCGUGGUAGCGAAGGAGGGAGGGUGCUUCCACGAUAUGCCACCGCGGAAGCAGCGGCCCUUCUUUCCCAGGAAUGCGUCGAUAUUUGCCCGAGUGAAAUGGCGGGAAUUGGUUUCCAACGUAUUGUAUGAGCAUCCAAUCAAAUGUAAAUGCUUGAGCAUCACCGCCGUUCGCCCUUUUUGCGCACAUAGAAAGUCCCUCGCGCCUUCGGUUAAGUUCAGCCAGCUAACGCCGCUGAUCCCCGAGAUAUUCGUCGAGAAAUCGUUAGCAUUUAGAAAUAUAGCAUGCUCAGAUAUCCCUUCAAAUGGGAACUUGUCCUCUUCGAUUUUCAAUCGGAAGUAGAACACUUUGUUAUACGGUAUCCCACUCUUGCUCGGAGGCAUGAAUAGUCCCUCCAUGGCGUUGAUAAUCGUGGACUUGCCAGAUCCUUUCGCCCCAGAGAAACACAAGACGCGCGCCCGGUCUGGAAAUUUGCCAUCUAGCGCAGCCUUCAACCAAAGCCCCAUCUUCUCCCUGGAGGUUUCACCAUCUUCAUAGACCUCUUUUUCGUCAUGGAAAUCUAUGCCCUGGAUUAACGAAGCACACAACUCUCCUGGCGUCUCACAGGUACACUCCUGCUGGCCCGCUCGCUCGUAAAAGAAGCGAAAGGAGAUCCGCUCCUUCCGCAAGUUAUUCGACAGGACCCGGUCAUGUAUUGCGGGGAUUAGAGGAGGAGAACGAGCAAGGGCUUCAGAGCAAGAAAAGACCUAAGCGGACUGAAGGGAACGCCGCUGAUUUUCGUUCCCCUAAGAAGUGAAACUAUGAAGGACUAUAGCUAUACACUGCGAGCCUACUGUCCGUAAUUUGUACUCCGCAUUUGCUCGCUCCCCCUCCUUGGAGAUCCAGCGAGACAUGCGCAGGUAUGGUAUGGCAGCGAGGCCCUUGCCCUGGUGCUCGUCGCACUUCUGCGCGAUAUACGCGGAGAAGUCGCUCAGCGUAGCUAGCUGCGGAUGGUUGGAAACGACAGAGUAAAUGUCCUCCCGAUUACAGGGGCGCCGGGCGAGACCAGAGAUCUGCUUUCCCUGUUAAACUUAGACGCUGACCCCCGCCCUGGAGGUCUUAUGAGGGCAGCCACCUUCGAUGCCCUUUCUUGGUGGCAGCCCUCACCGAGCCUAGACCCCCCCAGCGGUAGCCUUAAUCAUCCAAGAGCUGAUGUGGGAGCUCCAUGUUUAAGAGGAGCGGCUCCAAGUCGAUGAUAAACUUGCCUUCGUUUGGAACCAUCAAAUAUUUCAGAAGCCGCAUGCGGUGGCUGAAAGUCCCAACAUUUUCGAUGACGCAGUGUCGCGCAUCCAUGACAAUACCCUCCUCCUUCUUGAGAAAUUCCCAAACAUAAAAAGCAAUGUCACACUCGUUCUGCUUGGAGCGGCCAGCGAAUCCAAGGUAGGUGUGGUGGUGCAGUUCGUCACUCUUGUGUGGCUCCUGAAAAACCCCCAGGCUGACCUUCUUCAGAAAUUCAGCCGGAGGCAUCUUCGCUCUCAUCUUCGUAUCACGGUCAUCCAAGAAGGCCUUUACCGCCCUCCUGAAGCGUGACAGAGUGUCCUCCUUCGAUAUUGGCGAGAGACAGCCCGGCUUGUCCGAGUGGCUCCAAGUGAAAACCACGUCCCUAGCGCAGCACCCCUGCGUGAGAAUGCUGGACGUCUCAUGCUUCUUAGCCCCUCCGAAGAAGCUGGCGACGGCGUCGUCGAUGGUCACCUUCUUCUUCGGUGCCAUGCUGGCAACCAAGCAACAAACCUACCAACAACAAAAAAUGACGAACCACCUACCAAAAACAAGGGAGAAAAAUGGGGACACCCAUUGGCCUACAGAAGUGCGGGCAGAAAACUGGCCAGCAUUCGACUUACUACGCACCCCAAGAAGAAAAUAUGAGCGACAGAGCCCGAAAGUCAAGAACUAAAGCCCAACCCUUCUUGAAAAACGCCACGAAAUUGAAUAAGUCCCUCUAUUGUUUGCCGGGUUCCCGCUCGCAAGGCCAUUUUUGGAAAAAAAUCUGAAGACAUCUUUUCAGUUUUUUCAUCAAAAAUGGCCUAGCGAGCGGGAACCCGGCAAACAAUAGAGAGGUUUAUUCAAUUCCGGCGAAACCCCCGCAAACUUCCCCGCUGAAAUACUUCAAAAGAGUGCGAAAAACGCCAGCAAAUCGCCCCGACAAUCUGCAAACACACGGCGGCGCGCGUCCUCAAAGGUCUGACCAUUUAAAGGCGGCGGCGUGUCUCUCUUCCUUGUAACUAAUCCCACGCGCGGCCCAUCUAAGUACGUCCCUACACUCAUGGAGCUGAGGAGGCUACCGGUGUGCACUCAGGCAACUACUGGAAAAAGUAGAAGCUAUUACUAUCUAACCUAGUUUAGACCUGCUGGCCACGCCAAUGAAACUUCUUGCCCAAACGCUCUAAAAGCAGCGAAUCAUCUUCCCCCUCAACAUCGCCCCCCGGGCUACUUCCCAGGCCCUGCUCUAAGCCUUCAGGCGCGUCAACUUCCCCCCCAUCCCCUGAGGAGUCGCCAUCUAGUGGCUCAUCAAUGAGACAAAGCAAGAACUUAGGCGAAGCGAUCUCCUUCCCCUCCACAUAUAUACAGCCACCAUAGCGCGCGAACGUGUGGAACGCGGUCAAGCGUGGCACGGUAAGCGUGUGCCGCUUCUUAGGCUCUGCGCGGGGGUCCAAGACUAAACCAAAACCCGGCAAGUUGGCAGCAAGCUGCUCCAGUGGCGUGCCCGGUUCAUAACAUCGCAAGACCCCUUUCGCGCUAGCUAUAAAAGCAUCUGCGACGGAUUUCCCAUGUUUUUCGGCGAAAAAGUUGACAGAUACGGACGAGCAAAAACCCAAGAAAGAGCCCGGGCCGUCAAAUAGCAUAGUGCCAACAAGUUCCAAGCAACGAAAUCCCCGGGCCGUAUCGCUGUAGAAUGAAAUAGAGUCCAUAUUCGGACAGAGUUCCCGCACCUUCUGCAAAGCCGUGGCCAAAAAUUGCAGCGUAAUGCGCCCCGUCUUCCGCAUGCCUUUUGCGGUGGAAAUCACUGGGAUGCUCACACCAACUCCGCCGAAAAAUAUAACCACGCUAAGGAGCUCAUGGGUAGACCCUAAGCUGAAAAAUUCCGCGCUGGUUCCCCGGUUAGAAGUAAGCCGGACCCCACCAGCGAAGUCAAAAAUGGCCACGACAUUCGUCAAGCUGGCACAAGCCACAGCCGCGUCAAACUCCUCCCGUAUGCGCGCCGCGAGUGCUUCAUGCUUUUCCAGAGCUUGAAAAAGCUCCUUGUGUUGCGCUGGCACUUUCCCCGGCUUUUCACAUGCCAAGGCCUCUGCCCGGAUUAGUCGCUGGGAAUCCAAAGAGGAAACCACCCCAGAACCCCGCAGGAUAUACCUCACCCGGAGGGCCUUCAGCCUCUCACAAUAAUCACAAAGGUCCCGGCUCUUCGGCACUCGCUUCGCAGGGCUGUGACGCAUCGCAGUCGAAACAGAAACACCCGCAGCAGCUGCCACAUUCGUGGCCAAAGCAGUCGCCGGGCUCGUGAAUAUAAACCCCCCACGACUGUCCCGGCCAACCUCCGGGCGGUUCUUCCAAGCUUCUGCAACACGCUCACGGCGGUCGACUGCUUGAGCAGAUGACGCACGUCGUCGCUUGUUCGGGCUGCUGCUGUUCACGUCAGCCGGCUCAUGGCGAGACACCGAGGCAAACGCGGCCCAUUUUCCCCGUGAAAUUGAGGGCAGCGCCCUUAUGAUCGUCUCUUUCUCUUCCGCCUUGGUGUCGGGCUGGUUCAUGAAGUUGCACAACUCCAAGAAGAUGGCGCAACCAUCUGCCCCGAGAAGGGGGCAACAAUCAGACGACAAGAACCCACCAGACUUCAAAACCUCCCGCAGAUUCGCGGCACGCCGUCGGCGUUGCCUCUCCCCCAGGUCUGCGACACCCUCAGACACAGGACGGCCCGCGCGCGGCUCCAUUUUUUUAAUUGCCUGACAGUGUGCAGCACUUUUCGCUAGUAAUACAAAGACAAACCACACCCAUAAACAAACGCGGCACCCUUGUGCACAACGCAGCCCCUGCGCAUGGAUGCGGGCGGCGGCGGCGUCGGCGGGCUUUCUUCGCGACGCGUUCCCCCCUGGCUGUGCGUCCCCCCUGGCUGUGCGUCCCCCCUGGCUGUGCGGCCCUCCCUGGCUGUGCGUGAGGCAGCGGGCACCCCUGGGCGUUUACAGCAAAGCCCUGGCGCGUGCAACGACGAGCGCCCUUGCGCGGGCUGCGGCGGCGGGGGCAGGCUCUCCCUGUGUAAUUACCCUACCCGGCGCGAGAGCCUAGGGGCGCCGGGCGUUCAUCGAAGGGGGCACACACACACACACACACACACGCACCCAGAAAACAAAACACCAACGGGGGGCAGGCUCUCCCUAAUUAAUACCCCCACCCGGCGCGAGAGCCUCGGGGCGCCGGGUGGUCAAAAGUCCAACACUUAACAACAUGAAAAGACCCAAGAACGAAGAACCUCGGGCGGAGUGUCUCAAACCUCUCCGAUUAUGGCGAAAAAUUCGACCACAGACAAGUGGAGUUAGAAUGGAGAAAAUUCAACUAAGGACUGCAAAAAUCCGGACAAAAUUCAAUCCUCUCGGGCAUGAUACGAAUCCGCAGAACACUCGCCGCCUACUGCGCUCCCUUCUGGAAAACCCUCACCCAAUUGCGAGCCAAGAACCUCGGGCGCCCUCCAAAUCCCCGCGCCCCUCCAGAAUCCCCCAGCAUACAUUUGCAGGCUGGUGCGGUGGACUCUGGAGGGGCGCGGGGAAUCACAUAAAACGAAACCAAAAGACAGAAAAACCAAGAGAGAGCAAGUUGCAAAAGUCGCUAAGCGAAGCACUUCCAGGACGAGGAGGCGACAAUAAUGACCGUUUUUGUGCAGUUCUUAGUUGACUUAACGCCAUUAUAAUAGACUUACGUACGAUCAUGUCCUCUACGGGAAGGAGUUUGGGCUACAACGAGGAACGGAUACAAAGAACAGGGCGAGAUGGGGCCAUAAAUAAUACUAGAGAUUUCAGUCAGACAAGAGAAACAAGAAGCUGCGAAAACAAUGAAUGGUAUCAGAACGCCUUGCGGAUAUCAGACAAGAAUCAAUCGUUGAAGAUUUCUUUAAAACGAAUGAACCUCGGAAAAAAUGCUGCCUCUGCCCCUCUGUGUACUACGCCUGUAAUGCUUCAUCAGUUCUUGCCAGCAGUGUUUUUUGACUAUCGAUCUUAUGUAGCUAUAUUAUAUGUAUCUACAUUUAUAUGUUCCAGGGGUGCGAAGUGAAGAGGCGCUUCCUCGUCCGUGGUCGUGAGGCGUGUAUUUCUUUGCAGCGAAGAAGACAACUAAAACGACAGCACUGGUGUGUCCCGGUGUUGCUAAACUCCGUCCCGUUUGUCUCC